AUGUCGUCCUCCUCCUCAUCGUCGGCCUCCCGAAAGGCGGGCACCAGCGAGAAUGACGGCAAGCCUCCCAAGGGAUCGAGAGCCCCCCUCCCCGAGACCGCCACCGCCACCGCCGCCGCGGCCGCGGCUGCGAUGUCACCGACGUCGGCGCGGGACAAGCCGCCCUCCACCCCCAAAGCUAGCAAGCUGGUCGAUGGAAAUCGCACGCGCUCCAGCACACCGCGUACGGCCCCCUCCACCAAGCGCAACACGGUAAUCGAUCUCAACAGCGCCGGCAUGCCGGCGUUGUCGCUGUCCCCUUCGUCCACCUCGCUCUCGACGCGCAACGCUACGCCUGCCGCCACCACAUCCACAUCUACCUCGCCGGCGACGACUCCGCGGUCGAGAUCGAGGACAGACCGCGACAAGGCCAACGCGGGAGGAGAGAAGGAGCGAACCGGAAAGGAAAGCAAAGAAGAGAAGAAGGAGAAGAAGUAUAAGAACGAAAUGAAGGAGAAGAGCGACAGGAAGAAGAGGUCGAGAGACGAGCGCUCACCCAAGCGAGACCGCCGGCCCAGCUCCUACAAGGCCCUAUCGCCGAGAGAGUCGGAGAGGAGAGGAGGCGCGUCGUCGCCUUCCAAAAGGUCGAUGUCGGCGUCCAGCAGCAGCCGCAAGCUCUUGUCGUCGGAGCGCAACCUCAAGGCCCCACGCAGCGUGAGCCGCACAGUGUCGGCCACUGGCGAAGGCACCAAGCCAGCGUCGUCGUCAGCGGCGGCCAAUCCCGAGAAAGGAGGCUCUCUGCGCCGCUCGAGCCUCCUCCGAUCCAACAGCGCCAUGGACCGGAGCUCGCAACUCGUCGGGCGCGAGGGCUACACUCGGCGCACGAACAGCACCCGCGGCGUCAGCAAGCCGGGCAAGGCCGAGGCGGCCCCCAGCAGCAAAGAACGAAGUGGCACCCAGCCGCGAGACGACAAGGAAAGAGAGAGGACCACCACGAAGGAACGGGAGAAGGAACAACCACCGGCCGAGGGCGACAGGAAGAAGGCGGAAAGGCGAACGGCGGAUCGAAAAGAGCGAGAGACCCACUACAAAGAACGAAGCGGCGCGGCAGCCAAGGAAAAGACGGAGGAGACCAAGAAGGAGGAGGUAAAGGAGAAGAAGAAGGAAAAGGAGACGAGAAACGAGAAGACGGAAACGAAGGAGAAGAGAGAUAAGAAACUGAGGAGUCACGAGAGGCCCAAGGAGAAGGACAGGGACCGGACCAAGGACCAGGACAAGAAGGAGAAGAAGGAGAAGAGCGAUAGGAAGGAUAAGAAAGGGAAAAACGACAGGAAAGAGAAGAGGGACGAGAAGGAGAACGAAGCCAGCAGGGAGAACGAGAAGGAGAGAGAAAGGGAGAAGCGGAAGGGCGAGGAGAAGCCGUUGUCGGGGUCUCUCUCGGCUCGGCAUCGGCCAGCUGUGGAGGACCGGCUGACGGCGGCAGGCGACGGCGGUGGCCAUCACAAGCACGUGCGGCGCUCCACCUCGGAGCGACGGGUCGACCCCAACCGAGACGGCGUGGCCGACAAGCCGCCCCACCGAGACCACCGAGACCGCGAGAGGAAGGCCACGGCCCACGGCCGCGAGCGGGAAAGAGAGAAGAAGGAGAGAAAGGAGGGAACCCAGAAGAGGAAGAGGGAAAAGGUGACCGACGAGGAGGGCCAGGGGAAGAACAGAGACAGGGAGAACGAGGUCGUAGGAAACGAUACGAAGGCGGCGGCGGCGGCGGUGGAGGAGGAGGAGGAGGAAGUUCAGAUGGACCGGAGGCAGAAGCGGGCGUCGUCGCGGCUCCAGGAUGGCGUCCUGCUGGCGAGUGUGGGCAAGGAGGCGGAACUCGCGAGCGAUGCCAUCAGUCGCCUCCCCGCCGCCAGCGAAUCGAAAGUCACCAACGUGGUCGACCCGGCCAAGUCCGAGGAGGGUGAGAGCGGAGCCGGCGGCAGCUCAACAGGAGGAGGAGGAGGAGGCAGCAUCGCCACCAAGCUGGGGUCGUUCAUUCGGCGGUCAGGCUCGUUCGGCUCGACGCGCCGUUUGAGCAUUGUCGACAAGGACCACCUGGAGGCCGUGGCCGCCGCGAAAUCAGACUCCUCGGCGCCGCCCGCAGCGACAGGGGCCAAGGCCAAGAUAGGUUCGUUCAUCCUCAAGUCUGGCUCGUUCAUCAGCACCCGUCGGUUCAGCACCCCGUCGGACAAGGUCAUCGAGCCGGUCAACCCCAGCAGCGACGGCACCGCUGCCGACUCGGCCGGCAAGACGUCGGGCGCUGGCAGCUUGUCGUCGUCAAGCUCCAGCGGCGGCGGCAGCCAAUCGGCGACGCCCGUCGUCCCACCAGUGCCCGGAGCGACACCAGGACCGCAGCGGCGGGUGGUGCGGGACAUGCUGGCGCCCAUGCGCGAGAGCAAGCAGGACAUCCCGGCCGCCGAGUGCGGCGAGCAAGAACUCGUCGACCACCACGACGGCCUCGUCGUCAGCGUCAUCAUCGGCCAGCACCACGCCCGUGGCCCAGCGGCGCAACGAGAAUAA